CUAAUUCUUUAGAAUAAAACAAGUGAAAAUAUACCUUGACGUGUGGGAUAUUACGGAUCCAGAUGAAAAUCAUUUCAUCUCUGACUUCCGUUCGAUUAUUUUGAAGAAACGUAAACCAUUCGGUCCGUACAAAGGAAGUGACAUUGCCGUUUUGAAAUUUGACGAGGAGGAUCUGCCUGAAGAAGUCAUCCCACUAUGCAUGCCGAAGAAAUCAGACCGUUUGACAGCCGGAGAUGAGUUCGAAAUAACAGGCUAUGGGCCAGCUAAAACCGUCGAUGGCCGAAUAAAGCGGCUUCUUCGCUCAGCAGUUUACGUUGCGAACUCCUCAAAAGAAUGCAGUGAAAGGUUCCCAGUGAAAGACACGUUUGAUCCGGAAUACGAAAGCUGUGGCUAUCCGAAAGAUCCAUCCGUGAAAGUUGACUAUGGCGAUUCCGGUGGACCUGUCGCUCGCAAGAACGUUUUGCAGGCCGUCAUUCAUCGUAAAGGGGACGAUCCAGCGUUAGGCAACAGUGUGAUAUUCUCGGACAUCGUUGCUUAUUCUUCAUGGCUACAAAAAGCGGUGAAUCAUUUACGGACCACCGAAAAACACGGUGUUUAUGAGUUAUCGUUUGGAGGUACUUUGUACCACACGCAGGCCGUGGAGACAGUCGAGCAUACUCGGAAGCUGGUAUCGAUGCAAUAG